UAUUACACACUAACUCGUUUAUUAAAUUACGCAGUAGAGUUUUUUAAAUUAAAUUAUUUAUAUACCGUCGCAAUGGCCGCAUAGUGGGGAAAAUGUUCCCCUUUUACAUUUUUAAUUCAUAUUUUAUCUAUAUCUAUCGCGAAAUCACAUACGCUACGAGCGGAAGGUGGUGGUCAGCUCUUUUUUAUUAAAUGUUAUAAAAUUUGGUUAACUUCUUUUAACGAUUUUAUAGAAAAAUGGACUUGAAAGCUGUAGUUAUCUCAGGAGAGGCACCGGAAUCAGAUGAUGAUACUGCUAGUAUCACUAUGGGCAUAGGAUUUCCCUCUGUACGUACACCAAAUUAUUGUGGCACGAUUAUUACUGGCGAAGCUCCUGAAUCUGAUGAAGAUGGUACAAGUUUGAGCAGUAUCAGUGGAGCAGUUGAUGCUAUGACUUGCCCACCUUAUGCAGAAGUAAAAACACUAAAAUCCAAAAAAAGCAGCAUUAAAUAUAAUAGCUUGCUUCAUAAAAAACUACGUGAAUGUAAUGAAACAUUGGAUAAAGAUAUAAUUCAGAUGACAGAAGGUACAGUUGUUAAUGAUGUUCAAGAAUUAUCAGCUGUCAACAGACAAUUAUUAAGAAGCGAACUUGUCUUACAAGAGGCGGUUUGUCAAUUGCGUAAUGCAUCUAAUAAAUCUAAAAAUGCAUCUAACGCACUGUAUGAACUUAUAAAUACGUGUUUUUUACAUUCUAUUAAAACAUAAGUUGUUUGUUCAUUUGUUAAUAUAUCCUUGUUAAUAAAAUAUAUUUAUAAUAAUACUAUA